AUAACAAUACCCAGACCUUCAGUGGCAUCCACACAGUCUGCUUCGGAGAGCUUUCAUUAUGGCCCCCAGCUAGAGAAAAGAGAGCAGGAUGCUCAGUCUAUGGAACACACCGUGGAACUUUCGUCUCCAAAGGAAAGUUUGCCAGGUUUGGUUGUGACAGAAGAUGCAUUUCCAGGUAGUGCUAGUGGACUGGAUUUGGUACUUAAUAACAGCCAAGAGGUGCUUGGCAGGGAAGGAGUUGUCAAAGAAUGUGGCAACGUCCUGGACUGUGGCCAAAAGGACCUACCUGAACAACAUAGUGUGAGACAGGAAGAGAAAGAACUUGAAAAUAUUCCUGUAAAGGAGGCUGAGGAAGAAGGGCUUCCAGUGGUUUCUGAGGAUGCCAUUGAAAUGCUAAGCAAAGAACAGAAUUCCUCUUUGCCACAAAACUCAAAAUCUGCAGAGGAAGAACCUCUAACAAAUACUGAAGCUGCUGAAGAAUCAAAGCCAAGGCCCAUCUGUUUGGUGCCAAAUCAGGAUGAAGUUCUGAAGUCAAUAGCACCUAAAACAUCAGAAUUUUCUCCCCCAAGACUUACCAACCCACAUAUUAAUAGACAGGCAAGCAAAAUAGCACCAGGUCAGGAAAAUGGUUUUCAUUCUAAUAAGGAAGAAGUCCAUAUCCAAGACUUGAAAUGCCACCAAGUGGCCCUUACUACUUUUUUGCAUCAGGAGGACAAAAAAGAGAAAAACGCUCCCAGAAAUGGAGAGUUAUUCCACUGCAUUUCAGAAAACGAGAAUUCGCAUCGAUCUAAGAGGGACUUAGUUAAAUCUCCUUUUGUAUUCAGGCAGAGCCGAAUCCCAGUUUUAGCACAAGAGAUAGACUUAACGUCAGAAUCCUCUUCUCCUGUUUCAGCAAAAGAAAAGCUUCUUCUAAAAAAGGCCCAUCAGACAGACUUGGUCAGACUACUUAUGGAAAAGAGACAGCUCAAAUCUUUUCUUGGUGACCUCUCAAGUGCCUCUGAUAAGUCACUGGAAGAAAAAAUGGCUGCUGCUCCAGUACCAUUUUCCGAGGAUGAUGUCUUAUCCUCAUUUUCUAGAUUGACACUGGACUCUCCUUUCAGCAAGCAGAUGGAAGAUAGUUCUUUAUCUCCAAGCAGCCCUCAGUCCAGAAAAAGCAAGAUUCCAAGGCCAGUGUCCUGGGCAACCACUGAUCAAGUCACCAAUUCAAGUUCAGCUCAGUUCUUUCCUCGGCCACCACCAGGAAAACCGCCUACUAGACCUGGAGUAGAAGCUAGGUUACGCAGAUACAGAGUCCUAGGGAGUAGCAGCUCCGACUCAGAUCUUAUCUCUCGUCUGGCUCAAAUCCUACAGAAUGGAUCCCAAAGACCAAGGAGUUCUACCCAAUGUAAGAGUCCAGGAUCUCCACAUAGUCCAAAAACACCACCCAAAAGCCCUGUCAUCCCCCGACGCAGUCCCAGUGCCUCCCCUAGAAGCUCUUCUUUACCCCGUACUGCCAGUUCUUCUCCGUCCCGGGCUGGGAGACCCCAUCACGAUCAGAGGAGUUCAUCCCCACAUCUUGGGAGGAGUAAAUCACCUCCUAGCCAUUCAGGCUCCUCAUCUUCUAGGAGAUCCUGCCAACAAGAGCAUUGCUGCAACAAACCAAGCAAGAAUGGCCUGAAAGGAUCUGGCAGUUCCUUCCACCAUUCCCCAAACACUAAGACUCCCACAGGAAAGAGCAAAUCAACCACUAAACUUAGCAGAUAG